CAGCUGGCGACCAAAGCGGCCCGCAAGAGCGCUCCGGCCACGGGCGGAGUGAAGAAGCCUCAUCGCUACAGGCCCGGCACGGUGGCUCUGCGGGAGAUCCGCCGCUACCAGAAAUCCACCGAGCUGCUGAUCCGCAAACUGCCCUUCCAGCGCCUGGUGCGGGAGAUCGCUCAGGACUUCAAGACCGACCUGCGCUUCCAGAGCUCGGCCGUGAUGGCCCUGCAGGAGGCCAGUGAGGCUUACCUGUUAGGGCUGUUUGAGAACACCAACCCGUGUGCCAUCCACGCCAAGCGAGUCACCAUCAUGCCCAAAGACAUCCAGCUGGCCCGCCGGAUCCGCGGGGAGCGCGCCUAA